AUGGAAGGAUUGAAAAAACGAACAAGGAAGGCCUUCGGGAUACGGAAGAAAGAGAAGGACAACGACUCCACAGGGUCCCCAGACAGAGACGGGGGUAAGAAGACAAAUGGGGCCCCUAAUGGCUUCUAUGAAGAUAUCGACUGGGAGAGAUAUAAUUCCCCUGAGGUUGAUGAUGAGGGCUACAGCAUCAGACCUGACGAAGAGUUAGAAGAACCAGAACCCACCACCACCAAGACCCACUUCUUCUCUUCUGAUGAGUCUGAGGAGGAUGAGGACCGCAGAAAGAAAUUCAAAAUCAAGAUUAAACCCCUGCCGUCUGAUCGUGUUGUAAUAGCUCCCUCAGUGGAUGAGCUCAAAGCCUCCAUAGGCAACAUAUCUCUGUCCCCGUCUCCUCUUAGACGUAGCCCGGGAUUGAAAAGGAACACAUCCAGUGAAGAGAUUGCCAGACCCAGACGUGUGGUUCCAACUGUUCCUCCUGUGGCGCCUUCACCAGCUCCAGCUCCAGCUCCACAACCCCCCAGCAGUCAACAAACCCCAGUCUCUGAGGACACCACAGCCUUAUUUGGGCCUCCUUUGGACACGGCUUUUGGAGAGGAAAAAACUGAAGUGGCUUUUUCUGGGUCUGAUGUGUGGGGGAUUCCUCUCUCAGAGCCUGAAACCUCUUUGACAAGAGCCUUUCCCACAGGAACUCCUCCUCCACUUCCACCCAAGAAUGUUCCAACUACUCCUCCAACAACUGGACCCCUCCCAGAAAAUGAGGCUGGUGAAAAAGUUCAUGUGGCCUCUCUUUCAGAAGCAUCAGCAGAAAUUUUCGUCUCAACCAGGAAGCCCUCGAUAGCUGACUUAGACAACAUUUUUGGACCGGAGCAGACCUGCCCUGAUAUUGAGGAUAAGGGUGAUACCUGGGUCUGCUUCAGUGAAAAGUCUUCUGAAGAGCCUGCUCUACCAAAAGAUCCUGCAACGCCCCAACGCUCCUCACCACCCCCACCAGAAGAACCAGCACCUCCACUACCAGCCUCCCCACCUCCACCUGAAUCUCCUGCCCCUCCCCUUCCUAAAUCACCACCACCUCCAGAGGACCCUGCACCACCUCUACCUACCUCCCCUCCCCCAAAAGAAGAUCCAGUACCCCCUCUACCAAGCUCCCCACCGCCUACAGUAGAAACCGCUGCCCCUCCUGCCAGUCUAGGUCCUUCAACACCAGAAAAUCUUAUUCCCCUCCCACUCUCAACCCCUCCCCCAGCACCAAAGGAGCCUGAAUCACUUCCAGCUUCCUCCCAGCCUCCUCUUAACUCACCUGUUAGUGUCCCCCCUGUUUCCACCCCAAAAACACUGACAUCCCCUUCUGAAGAACCUGCAGCACGAUCAGCCCCACAGCCCCUUUUGCUCUCACAAGAGGAGCAUCCCAAGAACACAGAAACCCCUGAGUCCAAAGAGGAUGGAGAGGAAAGAGUCACCUCGCCCAAAGAUGUUAGUCAGGGGAGUCGGAGCACACCUCCACCACCUCCUCCUCCAACAUACCGCACAAUUGUAUCAUCACCUGGUCCAACAUCUGGAACUGGUGGCACAAGUAGCGGUUCCUCCUCACCUGUACGACCUGCCACCCCAUCAUCAGCUAACUCAGCCCCACCUCCCCCUCCACCACGCCCCCCUUCACGACCCAAACUUCCUCCGGGGAAACCGUCGGUUGUAGAUGCAAAUCGGCCAUUCAGCCCACCGAUCCACUCAGCAAGCCCUCCCCCAAUUGCCCCAUUGGCACGGGCUGAGAGCACCUCAUCCAUUUCCUCCACCAAUUCCCUGAGUGCUGCUACCACCCCCACUGUCGGCAAGGACCUGUGUGUGUCUGUGUCAGAAGAUGAUGCUUAUGUAGACAAACUGCCCACCUUUGAGAGACACUUUGAUUCAUUUGCAGAGAAUGACCAGCCAUCCCUUGUGUGGUUUGACAGAGGGAAGUUUUAUUUAACGUUUGAAGGCUGCUCCAGAGGGCCCAGUCCUCUCACAAUGGGGGCUCAGGACACACUUCCUGUGGCUGCUGCAUUCACAGAGACAGUCAAUGCCUUCUUUAAAGGAGCUGACCCCAGCAAGUGUGUUGCGAAGAUCAUAGGUGAGAUGGUUUUGUCUUUUCCGGCGGGAAUCACGCGGCACUUUGCCAAUAACCCAUCCCCCGCCACGCUAACCUUCAGCAUAACCAACUACAGCCGACUGGAGCAUGUCCUGCCUAACCCCCAGCUGCUCUGCUGUGAUACCACCACACAAGCCAAGGGAGAUGCAAAGGACUUCUGGGUGAACAUGCCAAACCUGAUAUCUCAUUUAAAAAAGGUUGCAGAGCAGAAGCCACAGGCAACAUACUACAAUGUGGACAUGCUUAAGUAUCAGGUAUCGACACAAGGCCUACAAUCCACUCCUCUGAACCUGGCUGUGAGUUGGAGAUGUGAGCCUACCAGCACUGACCUGCGGAUAGACUACAAAUAUAAUGGAGAGGCCAUGUCAACACCAAUGGCCCUCAACAACGUCCAGUUCCUUGUACCUGUUGAUGGGGGGGUUUCGAAACUACAGGCAGUCUUACCUCCUGCUGCAUGGAAUGCAGAACAGCAAAGAAUCCUUUGGAAGAUCCCUGAUAUCUCCCAGAAAUCUGAAAAUGGAGGUGUGGGAUCAUUGUUAGCGCGCUUCCAGCUAACGGAGGGCCCCAGUAAACCGGCCCCACUGGCGGUACAGUUCACCAGUGAGGGCAGCACUCUGUCAGGCUGUGACAUUGAACUGGCGGGCCCAGGGUACCGCUUCUCUCUCAUCAAGAAGAGGUUUGCUGCAGGAAAAUACCUGGCUGACAACUGACCCACACAACUCAAAGUAGCUCUGUUGAACAAAACGACUGCAGUGGACAAGGCUGGCACUUCGACCAGAGGGCAGACCCACACACGAUAGCAGACUCUCCUUAAACCUUUUCUGAACCCACACGGAGCCCGCAGCAUACUCAGCAGUAUUGUAUAAGUUACAUAUAGCAUUGUGGAACUGUUUUAGGUCACGUAAUUAUCGUAUUUGUAUUAAUCUCAUAACAUCCAUGUUGCUGCAGUUAAGACACCUGGGCUCUCCCUUCUCUAAAGUCUGUGCCUCUGUCUUCAUCCUCCUCUGGUCAAUGUUUGGCGAUGUUCAAAAGUUUCACUGCAGCUGCCUGACUGAAGAAGGAGAGUCAGUCAGAAUUUAUCUCUGGAUGACAGGAUUUGUUGCUCUCAGUCCUUAAAAUAUCUUUGAAAAAGAUUGUUUUGCUCAGACAUGCAUCAACCUGUGAUACAUCAAAAUUUAGAUUAGCAAGAGUUAAAGCAGGGCCCAUAAUAUUGCAUAGAAAGUCAUACUUCAUUGAAUGAAGACUAAGAAGGCUGUGCUUAGGGUGUGGUAGAUUAUUUACCAGACACACUGAGCAUUGUUAAAUGAUCGUUUUUGUACAAUUGAAUGAAACACAAUAUGAAGUUAACUACAUUAAUGGAGAGUUUAAAGCAUCGCUUUCUGGUACUACAGGGUCACAUGAUGGAAUUCUGGUUGGAAUUCUUUUUCAUACUGAUGCAAGAGUCAGGCAAUUUUCCUUCUCUAAACUACACACAAACACUGAGGUUGUUGGCGUGUUAGGCAGCUGCAAUGAUGAGUCAGGUCACUGGUUGCAAAAUAAUAAUACAAAAAGAAUUUAAAAAACACUUUUCCCGUCAGAACAAAAGAGGUGUACAAAGUGUCAUUUUAAAUCACUAUAUAUAUAUAUAUAUACAUAUAUGUGUGUAUAUAUAUAUAUAUAUAUACAUAUAUAUAUACAAGAUAUAUCUCU